CUAAUUCAGCAGUCCAGCUUUACCGGUCUGAAAUGUUACUUGUACCAUUAAUCGUCCUUAUCUCCUCUGGGUUAUUCCAAGGAGGAAACGCUGCUUGCAGUACCUCUGUCAGUAUAACUACAGCGAGUGGAACUCAUGCCCCUCAGGGAGAGAUAUGUUCUGGAGAUUUGAUAUUUGAAGAGAAUUUUGAUACGCUUGACAUGAAGAGAUGGCAGCACGAGCUGACUCUUACAGGAGGAGGGAAUUGGGAAUUCGAAUGGUACAAUAACAAUAGAUCCAAUAGUUUCGUUCAAGAUGGCAAUUUACAUAUUAAACCAACGUUAUUAGCGGAUGAAACUGGAGAAGCCUAUUUAACUUCGGGUACACUGGAUAUCAACGGUGGAGCCCCAAGUGAAGCAUGCACCAAUGCUCAGUCGUAUGGAUGUCUCCGUACUGGAAAUGCUGACAAUAUCAUUAAUCCUAUUAAGAGUGCCCGUCUGCGCACACUAUAUUCCUUUAACUUCAAAUACGGAGUAGUUGAAGUUCGUGCCAAACUUCCAGCUGGAGACUGGUUGUGGCCAGCUAUUUGGAUGUUGCCAGCGUACAACCAAUAUUCAGGUUGGCCGGCGUCUGGCGAAAUCGACAUCAUGGAGAGUCGUGGAAAUAAGCAACUGUUCAACACCCAAGGUGUAAACAUCGGAACGCAGCAAGUAGGCCAGACUUUGCAUUUCGGUCCAAAUUACAGUUACAACAGAUACUCAUACGCUCAUUUUGAAAGGAACAACGAAGCCGGAUAUGAUACUGCCUUCCAUACGUACCAGCUUAAGUGGACUGAUCAACAAAUAACAUUCCUCAUUGACGAUAAUGAAGUUGGGACGGUAAGUCCACCCGCAGGUGGUUUCUGGGAACUUGGAGAACUUGGCGCUACAGGAUUGGACAAUCCAUGGAAGUCGAGCUCUAACCAAAGAAUGGCUCCUUUCGAUCAAGAGUUUUACAUACUCCUGAAUUUGGCCGUCGGGGGUGUCUCGUACUUCCCCGAUGAUGCUAGUAAUCCUGGUGGAAAACCAUGGACCAAUAACUCACCUAAGGCAGCUACCGAUUUCUGGUCAGGUCGUGAACAGUGGCUUCCAACUUGGAAUGUAGGGACAGAUGACUCUCACUUACAAGUUGACUACGUAAAAGUGUGGGCCAUAUAAUUCCUUUGUAAUUUAAACAACAAUAAAUAAAAGCUAUCAUAAAAUCA